GUUAGUGGACAGAAGCAUCAUGGCAGAAUGGAAUUUUAUUCUGGAUUUAAUUAAAUAAUAAUAAUAAAAAAAAAAUGGAUAACAUCUCCAAAUCAAAGUCUCAGAAUGAAGAAAACGAAACAGAAGAAACUGUUAAAAAUAAGGAAAGCAUCACUACACAUUCCGAGGACAUAUCAGAAAUAUGUGUAGAUGUGAAAUCAACGGCAGUAGUAAAAUGCUCAGCUGUAGAUUCACCCGCUCGUUAUAUGGAAUUGAGCAGCAAUACUGAUCUGAAUCAACCACCAUCAAAUUGGCUUAGAAGCCAGGCUAAAUGGAAGGGACGAUGGGGACGUUGGGCUUACCCAAGAAGCCAUUCUACAACAUUUUCCAGUUUUCAUCUAGCGCAUAAUUUUCCAGACUGUGUAGGAGAAGUAGAUGUUAUAUCAGAUUCAGAGAAUAUCAAAAAAUUAUUGAAGAUUCCAUAUAGUAAGUCACAUAUCAGCAUGAUGGUUCAUUGCAUUGGUAAAACAUUAUUAUUAGAUGAAUUCGAUGUUCAUAGUCAUCUACUCAGAGCUCAGAAACAAUGGGAAUGGUUGAAAAAAUUUUUUAAGGAGCAUAUUCUCCAAACAUUGGAAGAAGAGGAAAAAUGUAUGCUUCGUAAAAAUAAAAGUAGAGAUUAUUUGCAAAAUAAGAAUAUGUUUUCAAAAUUCCUAUAUUAUAGUAUUGCCGAAGGUUCUUCUGAAGAAGAAAGUGAAUCGACAAAACCGGAAAAAUCUUCCGAAGAUACAGCCAAACCGAGUAACUUGAAAUCAUCAAGAGAGACGACUAGCCCAAUUGCUCCCUUUACUGAUUAUACUGUAAAUAUUCCUGAUCCAAUAAAAGAAGUUGAGGUAAGACAUACUAAAAUAUAUUAA